GUAUAUAAAGAUUGAAGUUGGAUAUUUAGAUUGUCAUCCUCCCUAUGAAAUCCUUCCUAUCUACUAAAACCAUGGCAAUUAGAGGAGGAACAUUGAUCUUAAUGCUGUGUCUGAUCGUGGCCGUAAAUGCCCAAGAUAUCGGCACCGAUAACAGCACAAACUACGACGCAGCUGCUAAGGAUUUCGGUGGCAUCAUCUCGGUGAAACCAUUGGCUUUCCUGGCACCUUUGAAGUCCGAUGACUUAGCCAGGAUCGUUAGGUCCGCUUACGAUUCAGAUAACUUGACUGUGGCAGCGAGAGGCAAUGGCCACUCGACCAAUGGCCAGGCCAUGGCCAAAGGUGGUCUCGUUAUAGCCAUGCGUUCUGUGGAGUCUGGCCACUUCAGGCUAGUCAAAGCCAAUGGGUCUGCUUAUUACGCGGACGUACCGGGAGGGGCAUUAUGGGAGGAUGUGCUCGACUGGUGCCUUGGACAGGGCCUGUCCCCAAGGUCGAUGACGGAUUACCUUGCGCUCACGGUUGGCGGGACGCUGUCCAACGCUGGGGUCGGCGGUCACACCUUUAGGUAUGGCCCGCAUACGUCGAAUGUGGUGGGGUUGGAAGUCAUCACGGGGAAAGGAGAGCAGGUGGUCUGCUCCGAGAAGGAGAACAUGGAAUUGUUCUUCGGAGCCCUUAGCGGGCUUGGCCAGUUCGGUAUCAUCACUCGGGCCAGGAUACUGCUUCAACCGGCACCCGAAUAUGUGAGGUGGAUAAGGCUGGUCUAUGCCGAGUUCGAUGAGUUCACUCAGGACGCUGAGUCACUGAUCACUGCCCCGGAAGGACAAUCUUUCAAUUAUAUUGAAGGGACUGCAGUAGUGAACAGCGAUGACCCGAUCAACGGAUGGCCCUCGGUGCCCUUGCACCCAAACCAAACAUUUAACUCGACCUUGAUACCUAAAAGUGCCGGCCCGAUGCUAUACUUCUUAGAAGUUGCGCUCCACUACAAAAACAACGACAGCCGAACAGCAAUCGAUGCGACCGUGGACGUGCUGCUACGACGGCUGAGAUAUGUCGACGGCUUGGAAUUCCAAGCGGACGUGAGUUACAGGGACUUCUUGCUGCGGGUGAAGCAGGAAGAGCAAGAGGCGAGGGUGCAAGGCGCAUGGUACAAGCCCCACCCUUGGCUGAACAUCUUCUUGUCGAGGACGGACAUCGCCAAAUUCGACCAGGCCGUGUUCAAGACAGUGCUAAAGGACGGCAUCGGUGGGAGGCUGUUGGUCUACCCGGUUUUACGUCACAAGUUCGAUGAUCGGACGUCUCUGGUGUUACCCGAGGCUGAAAUCUUCUACAUAGUGUCCAUUCUUCGGCUAGGUCUUCCCAUACCAAAUGAGCCAUCGGUUGAAAGCAUGAUCGCGCAGAAUAAGGAGAUCAUCAAGGUAUGCGAAGAUAAUGCAUUCGAUUACAAGCUGUACCUCUGGAAUUACGAAACGCAAGAGGAGUGGAAGACGCAUUUUGGGAAGAAAUGGGGGAUAUUCGCAGGGAGGAAGAUGAUCUUCGAUCCGAAGGCGAUCCUCUCGCCUGGGCAAAAUAUUUUUACCCGAGUUUAGAUUGUACUAAGUGACGAAAUUUUAAGCACUUAUUAAAAUAAGUACUUAAUUGAUUAUAUAAAAAUUAUUUGGGGAAAUAAAUAAGAAAUUAAAUUCAUUUUUUUUUACAAGGGAGGUUUAUGAUGCUAGUGCAUUGAAAUAAAAAUCCUAAAUAUCUAAUAAAUGGGUACGUGUAGUCCCACUAGGUAUCGAACCUGAAACCUUUUGGUCACCAGGCGAAAGGUGCACCACUGUGCUAUUCCCUCUUUUAAUAGAAAUUAAAUUCUUUGAUAAUAAUGUAUUUAUUUGGU